AUGAAUCACAGGAGCCGAGCUCAAGUCCUUUGGGCUAUAUACACAGUAUUUCUUAUAAAUAUAACUGGAAUCAACACACAGACAGACACAACAGAAUCAGUUGAAACAACAACUAUCGACCUCAACUACACACACAGUGAAAGUUUCAGAGAAGCUAGAAAUGAUAAUGGAACAUAUAUUUUUGUAGCAGACGACGAUGGUUUAAACGCAACUAUAUCCGAAGAUUUUCCCCACGAUGCACCAGAAAGUGCCUCCAGAGUGCUAGUUGCUAAUAAACCAAAUGGCACUAAUGAAUUCAAAAUUGAAGAUCAUAAGGCACCAAGUACUCCAGUGAAACAUCCAAUCAAAAUGCUACCAGGUGGAGAUGUUCAACCAAUAAUUAGCAAAAAUGUUAAAGAUUCUAUCAGAGCUCAUGUAAGGUACGAUGAAGUUACAGGGGAAUUGAUGAAUGGAGAUCACCCUUGUAAUAGAGAAUGUAAGGAAGGCGAAGAGCCAAUGAUUUGCUACUAUCACUUCGUCCUGGAAUGGUACCAGACGAUGAGCAAGGCUUGUUACGACUGUCCGUACAAUUUGACUGACUGUUCACGCCCUGAUUGUAUCCCUGCUGAUGGAAUGAAUCGACCCCUUAACGUGGUUAAUAGAAAAAUGCCAGGACCUGCCGUCGAGGUAUGCCAACAUGAUCGUGUAAUAGUCGACGUGGAAAAUGACCUGAUGACUGAAGGCACCACAGUGCAUUGGCAUGGACAGCACCAACGAGGUACUCCAUACAUGGACGGAACGCCAUAUGUGACGCAAUGUCCUAUAUUACCUGAGACCACAUUCAGGUAUCAAUUCAACGCUACACACGCUGGCACCCACUUCUGGCACUCCCACUCGGGUAUGCAGCGGGCUGAUGGUGCAGCUGGAGUCUUCAUUGUAAGGAAACCUAAAUCCCAGGAUCCUCAUGGCAGACUAUUUGAUUAUGAUCGAUCCGACCACGUGAUGUUGGUAACUGACUGGAUCCAUGAGUUAGGGAUCGGCAUGUUCACCGACCACCAUCACUCCAGAGGAGAUAAUAAGCCUCCGACGCUGCUCAUCAAUGGAGUAGGACGGUUCAAGGUCUUCAAUGACACUGCUAAACCUAUGUACAUGAGAGCAGCCAGGUUUAAUGUGGAACAGGGCUACAAGUAUCGUUUUCGCGUGAUCAAUGCCGAGUUCUUGAACUGCCCUAUUGAGUUGUCUGUGGAUGGUCAUAAUAUAACGGUGAUCGCUUCAGAUGGUUACGACUUGCAGCCGAUUACAACCACAUCGCUAGUGACGUAUGCAGGAGAGCGAUACGACUUCAUAUUGGAGGCGAAUAAUGAAAUAGACAACUACUGGAUCCGGUACCGCGGUCUGAUGGAUUGUGACGAAGUAUUCACGAAAGCUAAGCAAGUUGGGGUCCUGCACUACGAAGGAGCUAUGGAUUUGGAGCCCCCUGGUGACCCCACAUGGGAAGAAUUGCAUAAUGAAGGAUUGCAAUUAAACGCUCUCAACAAGGGUGAAGAGGAUGAAGAAACGAUCAGUGUAGCUGAGAUGCGGUCUUUGGAAGGGUACGACGAUAGUCUCAAGGAAGUUGCUGAUUACCAGUUCUACGUAGCUUACGACUUCUAUGCGAAGAAUAAUUCUCAUUUCCACAGAUCACCUUACUAUGGAUAUUACCAAGUCCCAGAGAAGACAAAUCGUUUGUACACACCACAACUGAACCACAUCAGUAUGAAGUUACCUUCAAGUCCACUGCUCACCGCAAGACCUUCUACUGACAACUUCUGCAACGCUUCCAGCAUCGACGAGGCCUGCACCGAAGGCUACUGUGAAUGUUCCCACGUCUUGGCAGUAAAGCUAAAUUCUGUAGUAGAAAUUAUCAUCGUUGAUGAAGGUGUAACUUUUGAUGCCAACCAUCCAUUCCAUCUCCACGGACAUAGCUUUAGAGUAGUCGGUCUCAGAAGACUUGCUAAAGAUAUCACUGUUGAUGAAAUCAAGGCAUACGAUAAAGCAGGUCUGCUUAAAAGAAAUCUAAAGAAUGCUCCAAUUAAGGAUACAGUUACUGUACCUGAUGGAGGUUAUACAGUCAUCAGAUUUAAGGCAGACAAUCCUGGGUACUGGCUGUUCCAUUGUCAUAUUGAGUUCCACGUUGAAAUUGGUAUGGCAUUAGUAUUCAAAGUAGGUGAGCAUAAAGAUAUGGCACCAGUGCCAAGAGAUUUUCCCUCAUGUGGUAGUUACCUGCCAGAUAACAUGUUGGAACAUGCAACUACAGAGAAACCAAAGAGUGAUGACGCAAUUUCUAUAUCACACUGGUGGCCUGUAGUUUUUAUAAAUAACACAUCAGCAAGUACCAGUGUGCAAGCUUCUGCAUUAGCAAUCGUAUUUAGUAUAUUGUUAUCGACAUUUUUGAAAUCAUAG